UCUUUCACCUGGAAAGUUGUCUCAGACCGGGAAGAACAAUAGUCCUCGCCUCAUGAAAACAAAUUCUAAGUCCCAAUCAAUAUUUUCGUUUCAAAAGCUGCAAAUUUGUCUCGAUCUCAAGAAUCUUGUAGCUCUAAAACCCCGAUAUAUUUAGCUCUACUUUUCGUUUACUGUGAAUGGGUUGAAGUAGCAGCUGUAGGGAGAGCGGUCUUGGUUCUUUUCAUUUGAAAAAAAAUCUGCUUAGGUUGUGUUCCGUAAUAUUUUUCCUGCAAACUGCCAUUUAUUUCGUCGACAUCGGUGACAGCGCAACCCAAUUUGCUCAGAAUCUUGAGUCCUAUGCUUGUUUGGCAGGUUGCCAAGUUGCAAAUUUGUGGAUAUUGCUUAUAUUGAUUAGUCGUAGUUUUCCUAUGAAGAUUGCAGUUGAAGGAUGUGCCCAUGGAGAUCUUGACAACAUAUAUGCCUCAUUGCAGCACUUGGAAGAAUCAGAAAAUAUAAAGAUUGAUCUUCUUAUCUGUUGUGGUGACUUUCAGGCUGUAAGAAAUGAAAAUGAUCUGGAAUCAAUGGCUUGCCCAGUCAAAUAUAGAACUAUGAAUACUUUUUGGAAGUAUUAUUCAGGAGAAGAAGUAGCACCGGUUCCAACCUUAUUUGUAGGAGGAAAUCAUGAAGCAUCAAAUUAUCUGUGGGAACUGUACUAUGGUGGAUGGGUUGCACCAAAGAUAUUCUUUAUGGGUUUUGCUGGAGUCAUCAAGUUUGGGAGUGUCCGUAUAGGUGGCCUUUCUGGCAUUUUCAAUGCACGUGAUUAUUAUUCAGGGCAUUAUGAAAGAGCACCUUACAAUAAUAGUGAUAUCAGGUCUAUUUAUCAUGUACGUGAAUAUGAUGUUCACAAACUUAAGCAGGUUGAGGAGCCUCUGGACAUUUUUAUUUCGCAUGAUUGGCCUCGCGGUAUAACUGCUUUUGGAAAUUCAGAGCAACUGCUUCGUCAUAAGCCCUUUUUUGAAUCCGAGAUAAAAGAUGGCACCCUUGGAAGUAGGGCUGCUGAGGAACUUUUGAAAAAGCUAAAACCUUCAUAUUGGUUCUCCGCACACCUGCACACCAAGUUUGCAGCUCUUGUUCAACAUGGGGAGAAUGGACCUGUCACAAAGUUCCUUGCAUUGGAUAAGUGUCUUCCAGGGCGUAACUUUUUGCAGGUUAUAGAAAUCAAAUCUGAUGCAGGUCCCCAUGAGAUCCAUUAUGAUGAAGAAUGGCUUGCAAUCACACGAGCAUACAAUCCUGUUUUUCCAUUGAGCAGAAAACCUGCACGGUUAAUGCCAGAACUUCCAGAUCUGAAAGGUCAUCGCCAAUGGGUACAGAGGCAUUUGGAAGUACAUAUGAAGCCCUUUGAUUUCAGACCAACUGUCCCAGCAUAUGAUCCUACUCAAAGACAGCCAAUAAGUGUUGGUCAUGUAAGAAACCCACAAACAGAAGCACUUUUACAAUUGCUGGAGUUAUCUUAUGUUCUAGAUUCCUCACUGGAGUCAGGGACCCAAAAGAGCAGCCCAAUUUCUUCUAUGAUGAGUGUGAAGGAUCCAAGUGAAAUUAUUCUAGAUGAUGCCGAUGAUGACAGUUUGCCUGAUGAUGUUGAUGAGAUUGAAGCUAGUUCGGAGGACACAGUUGAUCCAAAUGAUGUAGCUCUUGAAGAAGAUUUAUCUUGAAAAUAUACAGCCACUAACAAUUUUAGAGAUAUCUUUUAGGUUCCUUUGUAAUUGAGAAUUACUUUUUGUCAUCUUAAAUUGCAUAUUGGAUUUUAUCUGAUUCCUAUUAAAAUCUUCAGUAGAAGAUUCUACUGGCCUUGAUUAUUCCAUUUUAUUGUAAAUACAUGUGACAAUCCAGAUUAUGAGUUCUAUAGCAAGAUCAAGCUAGUGCUCUCCUCAAGGUCUCGAUUUUACUGUGCAUCUUCAUGAUGUACGUUAUUUUGCAGAACUGAGAAGGUGAUUGCAAUAUGUAAGAUGGCAAGGAAAACACGGCCUCAAAAAAUUCAGUUCAAAUUGAUGCUUCAAUAAAGCAUUGUACUUUAGUUUUGCAAAAGCCCUUUCUGAACAUAAAUGCUUCUGUAAAGACUUAACUUUAAUUGGACAGUUGUCCCAUAUAAAUGUCCUAUUUUUUAGAUUUAAAAAAGGUCUAUAAUGCAUUGGUGAAGUUUAUAUGGUUGUGGACUCUUACUGUUAGCAAACUAUACAAUUUCAUAUAAUAUUUAACCA